GCCAUUGUCCCUAAAACGUAACGUUAACCGAAAGCGUGGACGGGCGCUGAGGGACAAAAGUGCUCUGUCAUGAAGAAUGAAGACGUGCUAAACCCGCCAGCUAACAGAAGCUAACUGCAUCCUAGCAGGAGUCUACGGUAACGUCAGAGCCAUGGGGCGGAAGGAGAUCGUCUGCACUUGGAAGAAACCCAUAAAUAACAUCAAGGAUGUGUUUGACUUCAUAGGCAAGAUGGGAUCGGGGUCUUUUUCUGAGGUGUUUAUGGUGAGAGAGAAGAAAACUGGGACAUUGUUUGCUCUGAAAUGCCUGAAGAAAAAGCACCUCGUUCACAGCAACCUGGAAAAUGAAAUCAAUGUGCUGAAGAGGAUUAAACACGACAAUGUGGUAGGACUGGAGGAUUUUUACGAAAGUCGGACACACUUUUACCUGGUGAUGCAACUCGUGUCAGGCGGGGAGCUUUUUGAUCGCAUUCUAGAUAAAGGUGUUUUCACUGAGAAGGACGCCAGCACAGUGAUCAAACAGGUACUGGAGGCCGUCAGCUACCUGCACGACAACAGUAUUGUGCACCGCGACCUGAAGCCGGAGAACCUGCUGUACUACAGCACAGACGAGAACGCCAAGAUCAUGGUCAGCGAUUUUGGCUUGUCUAAAACCCUAGAGCAUGGUGUGAUGUCCACAGCCUGUGGGACACCCGGAUAUGUUGCUCCAGAGGUUCUUGCCCAAAAACCCUACAACAAAACAGUGGAUUGUUGGUCCAUUGGAGUUAUUACUUAUAUUCUAUUGUGUGGCUACCCUCCAUUCUUUGAGGAAAACGAGACUCGUCUGUUUUCAAAGAUCAUGAGAGCCGACUACGCCUUUCAUUCUCCUUUUUGGGACGAGAUCUCAGAGUCAGCAAUAGAUUUCAUCAGGAAUAUGAUGGAGAAAAAUCCCACAAAGCGCUUCAGCACUGAACAGGCCCUGCGACACCCUUGGAUUGCUGAAAAAACAGCUAAAGACAAAGACAUUUAUCACUCCGUCUGUGAGCAAAUGGAACGAAACUUUGCCAAAUCGAAAUGGAAGCAAGCCUUCAAUGCAAGCGCGGCCAUCCAGCACAUGAAAAAGCUGCAGGUGUCCCACACGUCUUCUGCAUCGCUCUCACUGCCCCACAUCAUUUUACAGACCUCCUCUCAGGCUGACCUGGGAAACCAUGAAACGGAUCACCCCCUCGACCCCAAUGGCAAUCCCUUCCAUGUCACUUGCAGCACUGAGCCCAGCAAAAGUCUUUGCCCACCGCCCAGAAGCCAUCAUAGUGAACGUGACUACGUGCUUGCGGAACCGAGAGAAGUCCCCUCGCAGGACUCGGAGAACGACGUCUCUUUCAUGUCCUCCAAAAGUAUGGAUGCAGUGGCUCGGAGGAAGGACGGGCCCCUUCAAUCUGGUGUGUGCUCCAUCAUGUGAUUAUUCAGCUAACCCGAAAGAUAAUUUCACAAAAGUAAAGACUCGACUCUCCUUUGUCUGUCUUCAAAACAAACAUUUUUGAAGAAUUGCUGCUCAAAUAAUAAGCAACAUUGUAUUCAGUUGACAUGACAAAAUAGCAUCCUUUGGUUUGAACAUGUCAUACACGUGUCUGCUGAUCAGCAUGUCUCAUUUUCUCAAGAACAACAGUUAUACCGGAAUGGCUGAAAUCCCUCUACACAACAGCGAACUUUCCCUGAAGUGGUGUUCAAAGUGUAUCACACGUAGGUACUCAAAAUACUAAGUGAAGCACACAAGUGUAACACACAUAUUUAUACAAAAGACAAUUGAUAUACAGCUUGUAUGCAGAUGCUAUGAUUCAGACACUAAGUAAUGUUGCUUGUUAGUUUAACAAAGCUCAUGAGCUUCACCUGGUUAAAUGUCAACAACAUGACUUUGUAUUCUAAAUGUCCUCAUUGACUGAAUCUGCAUUUUUAAUGUACACUGUAAAUUAGUUCAUCAAUUAAUAUUGAAAAAUUAAAGCUACUAAAAUAUUCUUUGAAGUGAUAAGAGUCAUUUAAGAUUGACUAUUACCUGGUAAAAAUAAGUAGUGUUUGCCGUUUUGUAAUUCUGUGUACUGAUGUGACUUGCUCUUGAUGAGUAAGUGAAUUGAAUGAAAAGUGCCACAAACUGAAUAAAAAUGCAG